AUGACGACUUCCCUCGCGCCGCCGCACACACCUUCUUCGAGACGCCGCCGCCGCCUCUCUGUGUCCUCGUCGCGACGCCGGCAUCCUCUGCUCGAGGCGGGACGGCGGGGGAAGCGUGGCGGCAGGCGGCGGCCGGCGGCGGCGGGCGAGGCGGGGGUGAAGAUCGAGUACGCGGCUGCGCGCUCGGCCGUCAUUGGCGGCUACGUGGCCGCCGGCGGGUCGGCGAUGUUUCCGCCGAUGUGCCGCUGCGACGCGUGCGCGUACGCGUCGCGCAUCAACCCGCUGCUGCUGCAUCGCGGCGCCUACGGUAGCGCGUUCUCGGCUGUGCCGCCGCAUCAUCACGCGUACGGUGCACCGCCCGGCGUGCCGUUCCCACACGACGAGUACUCGUGCUUCUACCAGCCCGCCGGCCCGAUGAUACAGACGUUCACGGACACGUGCGUGCUACCGAAGCCCGUCGCCAUGAGAAUUCCGCAGUCGGACAAGACGGAGCUGCAGGCGCCCCCUGCUGUGCACGCGGGGCACAGGCGUGCCGCGUUUAUCAGCGCAGCUGCUGACCUGUACUCCGGCAAGAGGCGUGCGGAGGGCUGCGAGAUCGUGCUGAAGAGAGAGCGGCGUGAGAGAGGAAAUCCUGGCGGUGCGGAGAAGGAGGGGGAGGACUGCGAGAUCGUGCUGAAGAAAGAGCGGCGUGAAAGAGGAAAUCCCGGUGGUGCGGAGAAAGAGGAGGAGGACUGCGAGAUCGUGCUGAAGAGAGAGCGGCGUGAGAGAGGAAAUCCCGGCGGUGCGGAGAAGGAGGAGGAGGGCUGCGAGAUCGUGCUGAAGCGCGAGCGGCGGGACAGAGGAAGCCCCGGUGGCACGGAGAAGGAGGAAGGGGAGAGGAGGAGCCUGGCCAUCGAGGAGCGCCUAGACAUCAAGGAGGAGCCGCAUCCUCUCCCGGCGGUGCAUGGCCUGUGUAAGACCGUUGGCAGCAGCGGAGGCGGCGGCGGCGCCCUCUACCUUGGGUGCAAGUUGCCCAGCCGCUCGUCCGCCGAGGGGCGGGCGCGAGACGGGGGGUCGAGCGAUACACGAGCGCGAGACGGAGGGUCGUGUGAGACGCGAGCGCGAGACGGAGGGUCGAGCGAGACGCGAGCCAGAGACGGAGGGUCGAGCGAGACGCGAGCCAGAGACGGGGGGUCGGGCGAUGAGCGACGGCGAGACGGGAGGUCGGGUAGCACACGGGAGGGCGACGAGACUUCGGAUAAGGACCGGGAUGCGCGGGAAGGUCCGCGGAGGAGGAAGGUCUUCCCGGGCAGGAACGAUGUGCACGGCCGCGCGAUCGAGCCGCGAUGCAAGAACGGCAACGACGACGCGCACCGCAAACUCACCGCCGACGACGACGACAAGCGAACGCUGGUGGCGUCGGCGCACGCCGCCGCCGUUGUUGCCGACAACAAGAGAACGCUGGUGGUGUCGGCGUCCUCCGCGCCGUGCCUCCCGUUGCCGAUGGUCGUUCAGGUGGACAAGACAGGCCGAGUGUCGGCGGAGCUGCGGCAAGGCGGCAAGUCCGCCGGUCAGUCGUCUGCCUGCAGGCGCGGCGGCGCGAGGCCGGCGAAUCCAGCGAGCACAGAGAAGCGUAUGAAGGGCUGUAGCAAGUCCGACUGGCCAGCGAAUCCGAGCGCGGAGAAGCGUGGCAAGUCCAGGCAGCUGUGCGCGGCCGGCCGGUCCACCGCAAGGCCGGCGGCGGGUUCGGGGUCAAGGUCGGGGUCAAGGUCGCCGCCGCGGUCGAAGACGAGGAAGUCGCCGUGCGAGACGGCGUGCAUCGGCGGUGGUGGCGCCACCUGCAAGCCCGACGCGGGCGGGCGUGGCUCGCGGGCGGCGACAGAGGGCGCCGCCAAGUCGCGGUCGACGACACCGUCGGGCGUCAAGAGGUCGAAGGUCGACGGGACGCGGGCGGACGCUGACCAGCGGGCGCUGGUGCGGCAGGUAGGCAAGCAGAGGUUGCAUCAGACAAACGGCAGCGGCGGAGGCGGCGGCAACGAGAGGAAGAGCGUGAGUCCGGCGGUGACGAAGGGUGGCGAGCGGAGGCCGAGAACGGACGGCGGCGGCGGCGAGCGCAGUCGGACGCACGCGCCAGAUGCUCAGGAUGCGAAGCGCGGCGGCGGCGUCGGACGACGCAAGCUCAGCGUCGGCUGGGAAUUCGACGGGCCUUCGGCGGAGAAGCCAGUCUACCACCAGAACGACGCGCCGACGCGGCUGCGGCAGUGCUAUGAGGCGAUCCGGCAUGAGGAGGGAGACGUCAUCAGGGUGCGAGACUGCGUGCUACUGCGCUCCGGCUUCCGAAAGAAGGACCUUCCGUUCGUCGCGAAGAUAUCAGCUUUCUACGAGAAUCCCGACGACGGUGAAAUAAUGAUGGGUUUGCUGUGGUACUACCGACCUGAGCACACGGAGCUGACGAACCUGCCCACCUGCGUCGCGGCAGAGCUGUUCGCCAGCAAGCACCAGGAUGAGAACAACGUUGCCUGCAUCGAGGACAAGUGCUACGUGCUCACGCCGCAUGAGUACGCGAGGUACUGUAAGGAACAGCGGAUAAAGGGUGAGCGACACAGGUGGCGCGACCUGGCGAUCGUGCCGGCGAGUGAGGACCCGUUCCUGCGGCGAGACCGACAGCCCGUGCCAACGACCCACCCCGACCUUGUGUUCGUCUGCCGACGCGUGUACGACUUCCGACAGAAGCGUCUGCUAAAAAACCCGUUCAAGUAAAUGGCGCCGCUGUGUCCGAACGCGUGUGGUACACACACACCGUAACUCAACUUAGCAGUGUGCAGGACAUUCUGUUCCUGAUCAAAAGCAGUUGACGUGGUAUGACCUCUUAUCUGCUUAUGUCCUUGCAUUUUCUCUGUAGUGUCCCGCAGAUUUUUUUUGUUAUUCUGCUCCAUUUAUUCCUCUCACCCUCGCAUGAUCUAGUUUUAUUCCUGCUUGCAGGGACUGCGGUGAGUUAAUUAUUUCUUGCAUGGCAACAUCGGCAAGGCAUGGUUAUAUAAAUUAAAUAUGAUGAAAAUGAUUAAUGAUGAUUGAAUGAUAUUACAUUAGAUGUACUGUGUCUAGGAUGCAUUUCUCACAACAAUGGCUCAUUAUGUUGUAUGAUCUUUACCGUUAUAUCUCCUUUAGAUGAAUGAGGAUGAGCAAUCUAUGUGAGGCUGGCUUAUAUUAAUGAGAGUUGCAGAUGAUACCUGACUAAUUACCUCCGCCAGGGGCUUGGCGGAGGUUAUGUUUUCACCGGCGUGUGUUUGAGUGUUGGUUUGUGGGUUU